CCCUUUAAUUAAAGAGUGUUAUAUUUGUGCUCUCUUUUUCCUUUUUCUUUCUGUAAACAAUAAAUUGGGUUUGAUCAAAAAGCCCAGUCCAUUUCGACAAGCGUUUCGUGUGCAGUAAGCCGACGUCGUUGGCUGCCCUAUUGAACCCCGGACCUCAGCCGUUCACCGCCACGCGCGGCGGCGACACCUUUUACCAUUUGAAGACUUCAAUUUGAGCUUCUGAGAUUCGAGGCUGAAGGACUAUGUUCAUUUCUAAGUUUUUUCGGCUGGGAGCUCGCGCGAUGAGGAGCCCUGCAGUUAGAGCUCGAACUUUUUCAUCAGCGGUAUCAUACUCAAUGGCUCAUAAUCUGUAUUUAAAAACACAGAGGCAUGCAUCGUUUUGCACUUCUGCAGCUAAACUGGACUCGGAGGAAGGCGAGGAAGAACCAAAAAGAAUAAACGUAACGUUUGUGGACAAAGACGGAGAGGAGAAGCAUAUCAGUGUCCCUGAGGGGUUUUCGAUGCUAGAAGCCGCUCAUGACAAUGAUAUAGAUCUUGAAGGAGCAUGUGAAGGUACAAUGGCUUGUUCCACGUGCCAUGUUAUCGUGACGGAUGUAGACCAGUAUAAUAAAUUACCAGAUCCAACCGAUGAGGAACUCGACAUGUUAGAUCUCGCAUUUGGGCUCACAAAAACGUCUCGCUUAGGCUGUCAAAUAAUUGCAAAACGCGAACUUGAUGGACUUCGUCUAGCGCUUCCUGCUGCUACGUUAUGAUCUGAUAGGUUCCAGCCAAUUUUGCAUUCGAUUUAAACCAUUAGGAGUCAUACUCUGCUCUAGUGUUUUGAAUAAUGUGGAAUCAAGAUUGCCUAAUUCUUCUAGUCUUUACUCUUUAGUAGGUUAGAAUUCCAUAUUUUUGUUGUAGAAUGGGACAUUUAUGUCGUAGUGAUGCGUAUAAUGAUUCUUAUUGUAUAAUAAUUCAAGUAAUUGAUUCACGUGAUACA